AUGCAAUACACUUCAGUAUUGCAGGAACCCAGUAAUUCCUGGUCGGAGCAGCUGAAGACCCAUUGUGUGGACAGGCCUCUAGAGGAGGCAGGAGAGAGGGAGACCCCAGGGCCUGGGGACAAGCCACUUCGUGUCCCCAAAGAGGAGCCCCUGCCCCACCAGGAGUCAGGUGAGGCUGGGGGCCCUGCACUCAAUGCUCACUGGCCCCGUUCUCCUGUCCCCGCGAGCCCUCUGAGCCCAAUACGGGGCUGGUGCAGGUGUCGGGGAAAUGAGACUCCCCAGUGGCCCCCGGCUGGCUCCGGUGCAGCUAACCCAGGGCUCUGUCCUGCUGCAGAGUCCCCUGGAACCGAGGAGACCGGGGAGGUGUCAGCAGAUGGAAGCUCCUCAGGCUGGUGCCCCAGACGAGGCCCUUCCCCAGGAGCAGGUGCUGGGACCCUGAGCAGAGCGGAGCAGCAGCCUCCUGAGGAGGGGCCUGGAAACCCAGACCUGCAGAAGACUUCCCCAGGGAGACUGGAGGAGAGGGGCUCCCUCACAUCUGAGCCAGUUCAAGUGAAGACGGGGCAGAGCAGGCCUCCAAAGCAGGAGGAGAGCUGGGAGCUCCGGGAGGUGUUUGAGGACGUGGCCGUGUAUUUCACGCGGAAGGAGUGGAAGCUGCUGGAAGAUGAAGACAAGGUGCUUUACCAGGACCAGAUGCUGAGGAAUUAUGAAGCCCUCGUUUCUCUGGGUAAAGCUCUGGUUCUUGCUUCUCCCUGGAGCUAUGGGAGCUCUGGAGUUUUGUAG